GAGAGAGAGAGACUGGCUGGGGGUAAAAAAACAACAGGAAACUGACCGAUUCUAGUGCUGUUUCUGCAAAUCCUUUAGAGAUAACGUGGUGGACUGCCACGUCCCGGCCAAGCAAAAGUCACACCACGUCUUUUCUGUGAUCAGCUCUUGAAAUAAUGACAAUCUAAAAGACUUAAAAGUUUAUAAACUUGACGUCACUUCUGCUCUCAGCCUCCAACAGUGUGGUUAUUCAGAAUGUGAGCGGAUGCGGAGUUCGCGGAGCUGAUUGCUGGGAUUUCUAUGCCGCUGCUUUUUGACCUACAGACUCAACCCUUUUGUCUGGGGCAUAUGGAACGAUCGCCGCGCUUUCAAGGAGCAGUUUGUUUUAGUCAUCUGGACCACUAACUGGAGCCACAUGAAGAAUAAAGGGACGAAGCAGAAGUUCAAAAAGAAAGGAAGUGAAAAUGCGUUCGGCUGUGACCUGACAGAACAUCUCCAGAACUCUGGACAAGAUGUUCCUCAGGUGCUGAAGAAAUGUGCAGAGUUUAUUGAGAAGCAUGGGAUUGUGGACGGGAUCUACAGGCUGUCGGGGGUCACCUCAAAUAUCCAGCGUCUCAGGCAGGAAUUCUGCUCUGAGGCGUGCCCUGACCUUACAAAGGAAGUGUACCUCCAGGACAUCCACUGUGUGGGUUCCUUAUGUAAGCUGUACUUCAGGGAACUACCCAAUCCUCUGCUCACAUAUGAGCUAUACAGCAAAUUCACGGAGGUGGUCUCGGUUCAGGGAGAUCACGAGAGACUUGUAUACGUUCAGAAGAUCAUCAAAGAACUGCCGACCCCUCACUUCAGGACUCUGGAGUACCUUACUAAGCACCUGGCCCACCUUGCCACCUUAAGCACUCAGACAAACAUGCAUACACGGAACCUGGCCCUGGUGUGGGCUCCGAAUCUGUUGAGAUCCAAAAACAUGGAAGCUUCAUAUGGAAAUGGAGACAUGGCGUUCCAGGAGGUGCGGAUACAACAGUCUGUGAUUGAGUUUAUUCUAAACCACACAGAUCAGAUCUUCAGCAGUGGUUCAGUGCAAAUCAAACCCAAAGAAGGGCCAAGUUCAAUGUGUGGAGAGAAGUAUGCCACGCUCCCGAUCAGUGGCCAGUGUGGGCCAAUGAAACUAAUGAGCCUGGAGGAAGCGCAGGCCCGCUCCUUAGGUCCAAACCAUCCUGUGCACAAAGAACGCCAGCGGGAGAACAGUCUUCCUAACACCAGCACUACCACACUCUACCACACCGUCAUAGACAUAUCGGAUAGCAAGCGAAAGCUCUCCGGGAAAUCGAAGAGGUGGAAGUCCAUCUUCAAUCUGGGAAGGUCUGUGGAGUCAAAGGGAAAACUGAGCCGGAACGGUAGCGUGUUCAUAAGAGCACAGGGGAUGACAGAAAAGGCAUCUCUUCGUCCGUCCAGGAGCAUGGAGUCCUUGUGCUCCUUACCAACAGAUGAUGACAGAACUGGAAACAGUCCAGCUGGUGGACCAGGCAGCAUUUUUCUUCCAGAUGUUAAAUCCAGAACACUGGGAUCAGACUAUGACCUGAGUGAACACGACCAAAACUGGGAGUUUAAAGGGAAUAAAGCUGCCGGGGCAACAGGCGGCUGGAGCCCCGGCACAAACCAUAAGGUGUCACCGGGUGCUUCGGUGUCCCCUCAGAAAACACUGCCAGAGCAACUGAAGGUGUUUAAAGGUGAUGACCUCAGUGGCUACAAACCCACGUCUCCAAAAAACAGGAGGAUGUUGUACUCAGGCUCUUCCCAUAACAGUUCAACUCGGCCCUCCUUCGCAGGAAGCUUCUUCCCACUGGAGUCCUCGCCAAGGCAUCAGCGGCGAGCCGUCAACAUAUCGGAGCCUUUCGCUGUUUCUGUGCCCCUGCGUGUGUCGGCUGUUAUCAGCUCUAACAGCACGCCAUGCAGGGGCCACGCCAAGGACAAAGCAGCUGCUUUAAAACCCUGCAGAGAGACCUCAGAGCAAAGCAGCAAUAUUGGAAAGAGCAACACUUUCCCCCAACUGGAACCAAAGAAGCAGGAAGGGACGGAGAAGAAAAAUACAGAGGAGCUGACAUCUGGAGUUCCACCAGACGAUACAAGCAAAGAAACGAUGCCAGAAGGACAAGGAGGGAUGAGCACCUCUCACCUGGAACUGCCGUCCCUUGCAAAGGCAAGAGAAAGCAAAGAUGCGGCGCCAUCUCCUGGGAAAGAUCUGCACAAGCGGCCCAUUGCUUUACAGCUGGACAAGGGAUGUUCUACUGGGAAAGAGCUGUGGUCGGACCUAAACCAAGAACUGAAGAUAACUGAACCUGAAAUCGACCGGCUGGAUGAGACAUUUAAACCGGUGUUUGGCUUCAGGGCCAGAUGUGAGGGCACAAAGUUAACGAUGGAUGUUAAGUCAAAGCGAAGCCGCAGCUCCCCGUCUCUGUCUCUGUUGUGUAGGGAGCAGUCUUCAAAUAUCUCUCUGAGUGAUCAUGUAUUCGCCACUGGAUCAGACUCUGCAAAGAAACAGCCCUCAGAGUCAGACAUCUUAUUCUCUCUUCACAAAAGCGUCGAUGUACUUGUUGGUGAAAGCACAGAAAAUGCACGCCCUGCCGUCAUGGCGGAUGAGAUAGAGAAGAAACGGCAUCAAGCAGCCGUCGAGCGGAGCCAACUUGCUUUGAAGGAAACAUGUUCAGAUAAAGCUACGACUCCAACAAACAAGGAUGCUCCAGAAGUCAGGGGCGUCUCGGGAACGGAUGAUACGGACAAAUCACACAAACGUGAAAUCCCUUGUGAAGAUAGAAAAGUGUCCUGUGAUGGAGCGAAGAGGAGUGUGAUUCCUGAGCUGGAGGUCAUCCAGAGGCUUUCGACGUGUUUGGAGGAGAGGCGCAACGCGCUCGAGCCGCUGAAACUUGACGAUGAGGAAGGAGGUGUGGGAAACUCCGAGGAGCUGGACUUGGUGGAGUCCUGGGAGGACCUGAGCUCCACCAAGCAGUGGGUGACCAGUCCUCUUCACUCACCUGACCUGGAGAAGUUGUUCAACCAGCUGUCACCCUUCAGCCCUCGUGGGGAAACGUUGAGCUCAGAGGAGGGAAAUAUUUCACCUCCCUCCGUUGAUAAUAACAAACAAUCGGCCAAUAAGAGCACGGAACGCUUCUCAGGAACAGUUCCUCAAACAUCCAGUGGCAAACCUGAGACUAAAUGGAUGUAUCUGCCCUCAGCGCCUACACGGGUCAAUGUGAACAGCAUUAACACAACACAGCCUCACACAGGAAAAUGCAGCACAACCAAACAGAAGAAUCCAGUGUCAUCUCAUAGGUUUUACAGACAGAUGUCUUACGAGGCAGCCGCUCCAGAGAAAAGAGAGGAAAACAGCUUUUCUAGACACAGGCCAUGUUCCCUUAAUUUAGACCUGGGGUACAGAUACAUCAGAGACAUUUCUAAUCAGCAAAACCGCAAUUCGUCAGAGUUUCCAUCUUGUCAGAGAGGAUUGCUGACCUCGUCUGGGACUGUAAACAAUGGGCUUUCCUCCGACUUGGAGUUGUUUCUGAACGAUCGCCAGGCGCCCCUGCGCCGAAAUUCAGCCCCGGUCAGCGUGUCAUCGGUGCGAACGGCGUUCAUGAUCAAAACGUGCCAGGCCAAAGCUGUGCCCGUCGUCCCCCCGAAGGUGCAAUACAGUCAGAUACCUCACUCCAGACACGAGAAGGAUUUUGACGCGUUGAGUGAACAGGAAAGGGAAUAUCCCAAAAUGAGCGCAGAGAAAAGCAACGCUGCACCUCCUCAGAUGAUGGCGGAUCUGAAGGAGGAGCUGGAGAAUAAAGAGCCUGCGCGCAAACACCAAAAACACCCGUAUGUUGAGAAAGCUGCCGAGGCUGUGAAGACCACGUCCACUCCAGAACUGCCAGUCAUCACAAGGAGACACCCUCCCAGUCUGGAAGUGUUUGUAGAUUGUCCAAGGCCGAACAGAGGCAACGUUUUACAAAGACCGUCGUUCAGGAACAGGCAGAGACCUCAGAGUCUCAUCCUGCUCAGCCCGCCCUUCCCCAUCAUGGACUAUCCGCCGUCAGGGGACGACGGCAAGCUCUUCUCGUCCAUCAGGGGCCUGAGCGAGUCCUCUGCGGCAAAUGUGUUUACUAAAGAGAUGGCGGAAAACUUCAGGACGACGGAGGGGAUGCCUCUUCAAAACAAAAUGACUAUUCCGAAAAGUGGACAGAGACUGGAAACGUCAACCAGCUGCUUCUACCAGCCACAGAGGCGGUCGAUGAUAUUCGACAGCAGGAGCCACAGGCAGAUUGAGUGACUUGAGCCGCAGGCAGUGAUUAUGAAACUUGGUGUCUGUAAAUAGAUACAGUUUAUAACUAUAUAUAUAUAUAUAUAUAUAUAUAUAUAUAUAUAUAUAUAUAUAUAUAUAUAUAGUUAUCGUUGAAACUGAUUGGAAGGUGAUAUAGUAACCUGUUGUAAAUUUUAAAGUUUGGUUUGCUAUUAUUCAAGCAUUUACUGAUAGAUGAAGUUAUGGUUAAAAUACUGAUUCCUUUAGCUAAAGAAAUAUGAAGUAUUUUAAAAAGAUUUGGGGGAGUGUAUGUUAGAGCCGUUAAAUCAACUAAUCAUUUUUUCAUCAUCUAUUAAUCUGACGAUUAUUUCCUUGAUUAGUUGAUUAAUCAUUUAAAAUAUCAAGUUCUCAUCCCCGUUUCUCAGAGCCCAAUCUGGCAUCUUCAAAUCCCAAACAUAUACAGUUUAUUAACAAUGUAGACUAAUCCUAUAUGUCGACUAACGGUUUCAGCACUACUGACAUCCAUGAAUGCACACUGUAAAAAGUUACAGACAUUUAGUUUGCUCAUGUCAAGUUACUGUAUAUCGGAGAUACCAGAGUCGACGAUGUGUGUCCCACAUUAUGUGGCGCUACACGGUCAUAGUGCAUCACUGCCACGUCUUUAAUCAACAAAUGAACUGCUGCCAUUUUUCACAAAUGAAACACAGCCAGACUUAAACACAUAUUCAGGAAGAUGGAGCAUGAAACCUUAUUUUUGACCUUGGAAGCAAUAGUUUGAGAAAAAGAAAAAACUCUACACACUUAUUAGCUUUUAAAAAAAAAUCAUGUUUCAAUCAGUGGUGGAAGAAGUAUGCAAAUACUCAGUAAAAGUACCAAUACAGUGAUUUAAAAAGUCAAACUAAUGAAGUACUUGCAGAAAAAUGUACUGUUCUUUAGUAAAAUGUCCUAUGUGACUGAUCAUUCAAGUACAAUACAAGUACCUCAAAAUGUUGGUUAAGUACAGUUUGUGAGUUGAUCACUGAUGAAGACUGUGAGACGCAGUUGAAAUCUCCAAAAACAACAACUUUAAGAUAAACCUACAUUUCUGUGAGAUUCCUAUGGAUUUCUCGUUUAAACAUGAACCUUUUUCUUCCUCUGCUUUGUGAUAUUUAAUUUACAGUAGCUCCUAUCCACGGCCAAAGUUCAUACUGUAUUUGAUUGGGACCUCUUCACAUAAUUAGAGCUCUAAAUUCAGGAUGUGUACAUUAAAUGUUAAUUUAAAAAAUCAUAAACGAGAGAUCUUACACAGUGUUUAACAGUUUUACAGCAAGCAGAUGAAGACGUGACAAUUUAUUGUGACUGUCCCAGUUACUAAAGUAAACUUGAUGCCGAUGAUGUAUUAUUAUAUACUUGGCACCGUGGUGAGCUGAUGUCAGUGUAUUUUAUGAACUAAUAUUUAAAUGGAAAUGUCUUUUUUCUGGUUCAAAUAUAUCAGAAGAUGAAUUGAUAGUAUUUACCCACGGAAGGACUUUACAGUCUCUCUUUAUUUUUCUGUAAUUACUUUGUAUUUUGUGGCAAUUUAUUUUUAUUUUUAUUAAAUGUUAAAAGACAAAAUGUUAAAUGUUAGUCAAAGAGAAUGAAAGAGUGUUUAUGAUGUUUUGGUUCUUAGGUGAAGUCCAGGAGCUGCUGGUCUGACAGUAAACUGGAGGCUGACGUUUUGCACACUGACUGUAUUCAAUGAGUUUGGACCUUGAUGGUGCCUUUAGUCAGACAGUGGUAUCUCCAGGUCUUUUUUUAUUUUUUAUUUUAUUUUUUUAUUUUUUGCGAACUACCCUUUGUGCUAUUUUCGGGUGAGCCCUCAUGCUUGUAGGUUUGGAUGUUAAAGAAGACUACAACUUUUUUUUUAUAUGAAAUGAUUUGGAUGUGGUAAAAGUUGGACGAAUGGUCACACUGUUAAUCAAAAUGUGUGGAGGUGUAAGUGUUUUAUAUUUCUUUUGUAAUAUUCGCAAACUUGUUGAUAGUGAAAAUGAAUGAACAGUGUGUAUUCCUAUAGGAAAAGCAUGAGUUUCCCCUUCAGGAAAAAGAAGAUUAAUUUGAGAGUUAAGAGUUUUGCUUUUAUUGCCUGAAUAUGUACAUAAGACACUUGGGUUUUGUUACAACAAAAGUUAUGAGAAUAAAAACGUAUCAAAGUAA